AUGUAUCUCUUAAUCCCGAUGCUCUGGAAUCGCCAAUCUGGAUUCUACGCGAAGUCGCGUCUCAGGCUCGAAAUGGCUACUUUUCUUCUGCUAAUCUGGCAAGCGUGCUUUCUGCUUGCAAUACAAAUCAGUCACGUGAUGGAUCUGCCUCAACCAAGAAUAGCAUUGUCGCGACACCAAGAGUCCCAAAACCAGCAUACAAGCCAUGAAGAACUGCAACCUAACAGGUUGCUCUACCGGGUCUACUUGCCCACAGGACAGGAGUUUGUGUAUCUAGCGGGCAGGAAUCAGCUAUACCAAGUUAAAGCAACAAGCCUCAAAAUUCUGGCUAUACGUAAAACUGGUCCAAAGAGAUUCUCCGUAUUCUGCAUUUCUGGUGAUGAAGCCUGUGUUCAAUGUCCUCCGCUACCACGUGAGCACGCCCUUUUGGCCGACCUACCUGCAGAGCUUGGUGGCGUCGGUAGUGGUGAUUGUUCGCCUAGAGAUACAGAUAGCCUAGUCAAGGCCUGGACCACUGUAGCCUCGGCUUCGGUACAGGACUUUGGUGCUGGUGAGAUACGCACAACAAAAGAAGAUAUCCUCUACGUUUGUUAUACCAUCUUCCACGGAGUAUGUGAACGACUUCUGCUGACCAACAUCAGCCUUCAGAGCCCAUGGCUACCGCCUGGAUCCAGUAAUCGCCGAAGACCCUCCACAUCGGCAAGUCUUUCUGGUCGGGCCGAUCCGAGUUCGGUUGAUGAGAUUAACGCAACGACUUUGGUGCCUGUGGUUGGCUUUCAUCCAGAUGCCAAGGCAGUGUUAGUUGCCACGCGCCACCUACUCUACAUCGCCUCUGAACCUGACGGUUUGCAGGAGGUAACCUUGCUCAGUUUGCCAGCACUCGCCGUCCGAAGGCCCGACUUCCGUCUAGCUCUGUCACGCUUUCAACCAGACAGGUCACUUCAACUUCGCCACGACUACCUACCUGGCCAAUUGGCACGCUUACGGUAUACUACAGGCUUUCGGUAUUCCCCACCGGGACUCGAGCUCCAGUCAAUCCGUGGCCAGUUGCCUCCCGGGAUCAGCGAUGGAAACAAGUACCCAGGUCGCCGAGGCUACAUCUACUUUGUCCUCGAGCAGAUGUCACCGACGUCAACUUCUGCCCGAUGGGCUUGGCAAGUGCGUGUCGCUCGUAUAUGUGAGGGAGAUACACACUUCUAUUCAUACGUGGAGCUGGAGAUUCACACGCCGGAAUUUGAUUAUGUAGGCAGACCUUUUUAA